AUGCAGAGGAUGAAAAGUGACGUUGUAGCUCUGCAGAAGCGGAUGCGAGAAGCCUUGCGCCGGAUUGGAGAGCUAGAGAGUGCUUCUACAUAUCAGAUGUCAGUGCAGAGGACAGGUGUUGGUGCAGCAGACAGCCGACCUUCUCUCAUAAAUAACGCACCGCCAAAUGAUACUUCCAUUCUCAAUCUGCCUGAUCUCCAUCCUGUAACCGUUCAACAAAGCUUCUCACCUCAGACCGCCCACGCCUCGACAAUCGCCGGCACUAUUAAGAAUGGCACGUUCUCUUCAGCUCCUAUCCAAACACUACGUGGUCUUCUCGCCAGACCACCUGAUGACAAUACCGAUACGACUCUGUCAUACCCAUCCCGCAAUCGUGAAGUCCAGAGCACUAGUACCCAUGACGGCUCCCAACGGAAUGACCCAAUUUCAAGAGGACUAUUGUCGACUGACGAAGCUCAGAGGUUGUUUGACAUAUUCUUUGAAGCCUGCCACGAACUUGCGCCGUGCUCUUGGAUAGCCGGCCAAAGGGAUGCUGAGAAGACAAGGGAGAAGAGCUCCUUCUUAUUUACCUCUAUUUGUCUGAUCGGAGCUCGAAUCCGAUCUACACACAAUUGGCUACAUCCUCGGUACCCAUCCCUAGUAUCACUCUUCGAUGAACACAUACAACUCCUUCUUCUCCACCCCAGUUCAAGAGACUUCACUCCUGAAGCCGUUCAGUCCCUUCUGCUGUCCAUACAAUGGCCUGCCGUCGAUAUCGAUGUGUCCUCCACCUCUACUAGCACGUCCACACCAAAAAGCCGGUUCACAGACUCGUACGCUUGGCUGAUGAUUGGCCUAGCGACCCGCUUUGCAAAGUACAUCGCUCUGGAAGAGGUGACUCACGUGGACUUUGGGGAUCCCCGCCUAGAUGAGGAGAAGCUGCAAAAGAUGAGGGUGUGGCUCAAUCUGAUUUCCGUUGAUAGGCAAUAUCCUAGUCUGACACUCACAGCGGGUCUUCCAGCGACACUGGUUGCCCCACCAACAUCCGUACUUCGCGCCUUCGGAUCCCACCCUAAAGCCCAGUCGGGGGAUCUGAAAUUAGCUGGACUAGCAGAACUCGUAGCGAUUGUUCAUCGCGCCUCGAUCUCAUGCGGUGAUGUAAGUUUGAAGAAACUAGAUAGCAUCACCUUGAGCGUAGCAAAUGCGGAACUGGACAGCUGGGAGAGGGAAUGGAAUGCUAUAUUCAGUGGCAGCGGUGCCGAUCCCACCUUCAAACAGCAGAUGCCAUUCACAGCGCUGAGAUGGUAUCGACUAGCUCUAAAUGCCCUACCAAUAGGUGUCGAACUAGGUGAUAUCGAGAAAGGCACGAUGUCACCUACACCAGCUGCACUCAAGGCAGGAGUGGACGCCGCAUUCAGGCUCUUAUGGCAAUACUCUACAGACGCCGUAGGAGAGCGCCCUGAGAGGCUGACAGCUAUGGUUGACGGCUCAAAGUAUACGAUGAACUUUACUGCACUCUCCUCCUUCAUGUUCGCUGUGGACUCCUACUGGAUCACUCAUGCUUACGCGGCAGUGUUCUUGGUUCUGGUAUAUGACCGAGGAUGCAUCGAUGCCAAUCUUAACGCCUACUCAUUCACUCAAUCCGGCCCACCUCCUCCGGUCCCAAACUCAUCCCCCCUUUAUCGAAUAAUCUCUUUCGCUGCAUCUUUAUUCGACGGAAUUUGCCAAGGAGCUGCUCACCAUCCAUCAAUGCAGUAUCGCUCGAUCGUAGCAAACGCUCUUAAUACCCUCGAGCAGUACCAGCUAGCCAGGGAGGAGAGCUCCAUGGUACCAGUGGCGGAUGGGAUUGACGAGAUGCUGAAUGCGUUGUUUGAUCCUGGACAGGACUGGGCUUUCUUGAGAGAUAUGGGGUAUUCGCAAUGA